AUGGGAAAUGCAGUAAUUAUCCAAAGCCAAUUUUCUCAUCUCAAUCUUGAGGACAAGAUUCAUGUUGAUGGAGGGAGUAAUGAUGGGGAUCAAGGAGAAGAAAAUGGGCUUGAGGAGAAACUUGUUGUAUGCGUAUACAUGGAUUCAAUCCCAAGCCUUGAGAGCUUCAAUUCCGAGGUCCCAGGUUCCUGGUCCUCGCUUUCGUGCCCUUCUGAGCCUCCUGAUGUGGGGAAUUGGUUCUCAAGCUAUGAGUAUCGCUCUCCCGAACCGGAUUCGAAUUUUAGUGUCGAAGAUUCUGCUUUCAGAGAAAGCGAAUCCCAUAAAGGUGAUGAUGAUGCAGAAAGGGUCAGGGUUUAUGGUGAAGGCGUUGCGACGGGGAGGCUAUUCCAAUGUAGCAGAACUUGUGUUAAAGAAAAUGAUCAGAACGAAGACCUUUGCUUGAACAAGAGCCUCCAGACAUCGGAAACUGGUUUUCAAGCUACGUUUAUGAGUCACCAGUGUCCGAUACAAGUAGUCCUUUUAGAGAUGAAGUUUCUGAAGAGAAUGAGUGUAGGGAGGAAAGUGGAUUUUGAAGUCGUGAAUGACGGUGAAUGCAGGUCUGAGAAUGUCAACCUGAAAGGGUAUGAUAGUGCUGAAAUGAAGAAAAAUUUAACCACUGCUAAUACUGCCGAUUUAGAAAAGAUUGUGCAGCCAUGCAUUCAAGAAAAGACACCGCACAAUAUUCUUGGUCACACCAAGUACGAAGAGACAUUGAACCUGAAUCAGGGAAUUCCUGGUUGUGAGGGACGACAUCUAAUGUCAUUGGAUACUGAUAGAUGUGCAAUGAGACCUCCAAAAUGGGUACAAAAGAAUGAUACCAAAGAAUCAAAAUCAAAAGCUGAAAUCCUGCAUGACAAGCUUGACUUGAGUGCAAGUUUAGUUAAAACCUCAGCUAGAAGUGCAACUUGUAUAAGCAAUAAAGAAAAUGAUGGUUUUGUCACAACAAGGAAGAGCAGUUGCACAAGAGAAAAUGAUGAAAAUUCUUGGAAGAAACCAGAAAUGAUAUUACCAGAGCAUUCAGCAAGUGCAGGGACAGUUCUUUUGGCAUGUGAAAAGCGUGCUGUUACAAAGAGGAAGGCAUUGACAGAAGCAACAAAUCUUCAACAAUCCAGUGCCAUGGGGAUAACAGGGAAAUGGCAAUGCCCACAGAAACAUAGGCCUAAUGUUGGACCUACUAUGAAACAACUUAGGCUUGAGCGAUGGGUUCAUAGAGUUUGA